CAGCUGAUAGUGGUAGGGGUUCGGAGUUUCAUAUUUUUGAAUUAAAAGUUAAAUUAAUCAAUAAACAUUAACAUUUUGAUACCUAAUUAUUGAUUUGUUGCCAUUUGUCACCGCAUCAGAGAUAAGUGCAAGAAGACUAGUUGGUGCAAUAUUCCAAACAGCAAGCAAGUUCAGCCCUACUCCACACCACAAAAUGAAUUUAAUGAAUUUGCCCGAUGAAAUUCUCAUGAUAAUCCUUAGCCACUUGGACACGAAAUCAUUAUACAAUUUGCACACAGCUUUUGAUCGUAUAAGGAACAUUAUUCGUACGUAUAACAUUAUUAAGUCGUGCAACUUAUCACUAAGCGUUAUGGCAAAAGCAAGGACUCUGACAUCAUCAUUUUUCCUAGAUAUAUCAAGAAAUCUAAAAGAGUUAAAUGUUUGUGGAAUAGGUGAUCUUAAUAAGACCGGACUUUUACGUGCUGCGAAGAAACUACAAUGUCUGAACACAUUAGAUGUUACGUAUACCAAUAUCACUAUAUCUGAUUUGAUUGCACUAUACAAAGUGUGUCCGACUAUAACAGAUAUAAGCAUAAAUUUUUCGUUCGAUACUAAGUUUGAUAUAGUACGUAAUACACUGGAAGCAACAACAUAUCCAUAUCAAGAAAUGUUUAAAAACUUUUUGAAUGUCCAUUUUGUUGGUAAUCACGGUAAUAUGUUGUUUACCCAACUACCAUGUGUAAUGUUAAAAAAAGCUAAACUAAAAAAAUUACAAUACACAAUUAUUGAAUGUCUUGAAGUGUAUAAUUCAUUGCCAGGCAGAGAUAUAUUGCAUUUUGAUAAUUUCACAAUACUUUUUUCACAUGAAACAUGCAUGCCCAACGGCUCUUUGAAAAAAUUGGUACCAUUUGAUGUGUUGGAUUUUCCAAGCUAUGAAACUUUGAUUCUAACUGUUGAAGGAAAACAUUGCUAUGCAACACCAAUAUUUGAGGUUUUUUUUAGCAAAUAUUGCAACUCACAUCUACAUGAAAACAUAGAGCUUCACAUAAUGAACAGUUUUGAAGUUGACAUGGUAGAUAAUGCAUGUAUAAUGUUAUGGAAUAAAAGUGCAACAAAGUUUGAUGACAAGUUCUUCUCUGAUUUGUGGUGUAAGUUAAAACCCUUGUUUCCUUGUUUCUUUGAUCCCUCAUCAAAUACUCCAGUAGCUUCUGAUUAUGAUUUUUACAUCACUAUCCCUCGUGAAAUUGAACAAAAAACUGAAACUCGAGUGGGUUUUAAAAGAAAAAGAAUUGCUGCUCCAAAUUGUGUUCUGAAUUAUGACUCUGUAUUCAAAGAAAAAAGUCAAAAUAUACAAUUAGCUCUCUCAUUCCAUGGUAAGAUCAAAAGUGCAGUAACAUUAUCUCCAAGUUGUAACUAUUUGAAAAAAUUAACCUAUUUAAGCCUAAGGGGUCAGGUACGCUACAGUGUAGAUUUUUUUAAUGUCUUAUUCAGAUGCUGUAACAAUCUUACAACACUAUUAGUUAAAAGUAAUUCUUUUAGUUCGUGCUCCGCUGCCAUAGCCCGAUCACUACCAUUAAGUCAGUCUUUAAAAAAUAUUCAUCUAAUUGAUAAAGGAAUUGAUUUUCCCACACUGUAUUCAUCUAUGAGUCAAUGUACAACAUUAGAAAAUGUUCAUAUAUUAGAUACAACUUAUUCUACAAAUUUUACUGAUGCGUCUGUCCUAUUUGAAAAAUGUGUGAAUUUGUACUCUUUUAAUUUGUACGUUCAUUCGUCCCUUAGCGCUAAAAGAAAAUUCUUGCAAAUAUUUAAGAAAGCAAGCCGAAAUCAAUCAAUUAAUGUAAAUAUACUUUUGAGCAAUCAUAAAUAUGUUAUAUUAUUUCCUCCUUAUACUGAUGUGUUUCGUUUGAAUUUAUUGUGAUACUAAGUAGGUACAUCCAAGAUCAAUUAUUAUUUGGCCACUAGGAUAGCAGUUAAUCUUCAUAGUCAUGCCUAUGUGUUUUUAUCUAGUAUGGAUUAUAUUAUAUUUUAUAGAUAUAAUAUAGAUUACAAAUAUUUUAUGGAUUAUAGUGCUUAAUGUAUAAUAAUAAUUUGUACAGAGUGUAUAAAAAUAUACAUGCAUGAUGUAUGUUUUAAUAGUACCUAGGUAAAUGUUGUACUUUCAAUUGUUUCAAAAAAAAUUGUAUUACUUUAGGUUAGUGCAUGUUAAAUUAUUUUCAUUCAUAAGUGCACCUGUAAUGGAUAACCAUACUGCAAUUCAAUUUUGUACAUUUUAUAGUCAUAAUUGUAUGAAAGUUGUUGGUGUAAAUAAAUUGUACAUUUUAUACUUCAUAAUAAUUGUAUGGAAGUUGUCGGUGUAAAUAAAUAGGCGCCAUCUAUUGACACUAUAGUAAACUAGAUCAUAUAAGACACAAAAUGGGUCAUUGCAUUGACCAUGU